UCCACCCUGCCUUGGCCUCUGACACUCUCACCCCCCUCCUGGCAGACUCUGGACGGGCACAUGGUGGUGCGCAGCCACGCCCGUGUGUCCUCCCUGACCCUGAAGAGCAUCCAGUACACAGACGCCGGAGAGUACAUCUGCACCGCCAGCAACACCAUCGGCCAGGACUCCCAGUCCAUGUACCUUGAAGUGCAAUAUGCCCCCAAGCUACAGGGCCCUGUGGCUGUGUACACUUGGGAGGGGAACCAGGUGAACAUCACCUGUGAGGUAUUCGCCUACCCCAGUGCCACGAUUUCAUGGUUCCGAGAUGGUCAGCUGCUGCCAAGCUCCAACUACAGCAACAUCAAGAUCUACAACACCCCCUCUGCCAGCUACCUGGAGGUGACCCCAGACUCUGAAAAUGAUUUUGGCAACUACAACUGCACUGCAGUGAACCGCAUCGGACAGGAGUCCUUGGAGUUCAUCCUUGUCCAAGCAGACACCCCCUCUUCACCAUCCAUCGACCAGGUGGAGCCGUAUUCCAGCACAGCACAGGUGCAGUUUGAUGAGCCAGAGGCCACAGGUGGGGUGCCCAUCCUCAAGUACAAGGCUGAGUGGAGAGCGAUGGGUGAAGAAGUGUGGCAUUUCAAGUGGUAUGAUGCGAAAGAAGCCAGCAUGGAGGGCAUUGUCACCAUCGUGGGCCUGAAGCCUGAGACGACAUAUGCGGUGCGACUGGCCGCCCUCAACGGCAAGGGGCUGGGUGAGAUCAGCGCAGCCUCCGAGUUCAAGACGCAGCCAGUCCAUAGCCCUCCUCCACAAGGGGAACCCAGUGCACCUAAGCUUGAAGGACAGAUGGGAGAGGACGGAAACUCUAUUAAGGUGAACCUCAUCAAGCAGGAUGACGGCGGCUCCCCCAUAAGACACUAUCUGGUCAAGUACCGAGCGAAACUCUCCUCCGACUGGAAACCAGAGAUCAGGCUCCCGUCUGGCAGUGACCACGUCAUGCUCAAGUCCCUGGACUGGAAUGCUGAGUAUGAGGUCUACGUGGUGGCUGAGAACCAGCAAGGAAAGUCCAAGGCAGCUCACUUCGUGUUCAGGACCUCGGCCCAGCCCACAGCCAUCCCAGCCAACGGCAGCCCCACGGCAGGCCUGAGCACCGGGGCCAUCGUGGGCAUCCUCAUUGUCAUCUUUGUCCUGCUCCUGGUGGUUGUGGACAUCACCUGCUAUUUCCUGAACAAGUGUGGCCUGUUGAUGUGCAUCGCUGUCAACCUGUGUGGAAAAGCCGGGCCCGGAGCCAAGGGCAAGGACAUGGAGGAGGGCAAAGCCGCCUUCUCGAAAGAUGAAUCCAAGGAGCCCAUCGUGGAGGUUCGAACUGAGGAGGAGCGGACCCCAAACCAUGAUGGAGGGAAACACACAGAGCCCAAUGAGACCACGCCGUUGACGGAGCCCGAGAAAGGCCCUGUAGAAGCAAAGUCGGAGAGCCAGGAGACAGAAACGAAGCCAGCGCCAGCCGAAGUCAAGACGGUCCCCAACGAUGCCACACAGACAAAGGAGAACGAGAGCAAAGCGUGAUGGGUGACAAGGAACAGCAAAGAUCAAAAUACAAAGUGACACCGCAGCUUCACCAGAGCAUUUCCAAUAUCACACGCGCAUGCUCGCGCGCGCACACACACACACACACACACACACACACACACGUCUCAUUCCUCUAGUGUCUUUUGCCUUUAAAAAAAAAAAAACUAAGCAGAUAAACAUGGGAGCUCCUUUUUGUAGAUGUAUAGAAAGGGUCCCUUUGUUGCACAGUUCCUUGUAAGAAAAUAAGACAAAAAGGUUAAACCCACAGCCAAACUAGGACACUCCGUUCCCUGAAACCAUUUAAAAAUCAAACAAAAGGACCCCAAAUUAAGAAUCUAGGAAGCUCAGAAAAAAGAAAUCUAGGUUCAGGCAAACCACACUUGGGUUACCCGAUUGGCACAGACCAGUUUCAGAGAAAUGCUUUCAGGCACUAAGACUCACCGAAUGAACAAAGUCCACAGUUUAUUUUUAUACUUUCAGUCGAGUUUGAACUCUGUAAAACCUCAUAAAUAAGUUAUAAUUUCUGUUCACUUUGUAUUGGUUCAGUAUGCAAAGUGUGUCACCCUUUCUAGCUGAAUUCAAUUCCCACGUAGACUCUUGUUUUGUAGGAAGAAUGCCAAAUUGCAGCUUCUGGGAGUAGAUCUCAAUUUGCAGUAUUCGGCCUUCUUUUUCAUCCUUUUUUUUUUUUUUUUCCUUUCUGCCAACUUUGUUUUCUAGUGUUUACAAGUUGACAAAGGUUUGACUUCAGUUGUGGUUAAAUGUCCAUGUAAAAUAGCUGCCUUUUUUCUUUAAGUAACAAAUACCGCCUAGGUAGGGAGGAUCGUCACAGGCUUGCUUGAGCACAGGACGACUUCACCCAAUAUGAUUGUUUACAGUGGCUCUUCCCCCAUUCCGAUCUGCAGUUUUU